AAGCAGAAACACGAGCUCAGAAAAUUCUCAUUAUCCAAGGAAAGCAAAUUAAAAAAUAAAAAAAUAAAAAAUCAUCACCAACCUCAAGACCACACAGACUGGUUUGGUUGCGGUCUUUCUUGCUUUCUUUCUUCUUCUCCACUGUAGAUCUCUUUGUCUCAACACUCCAAACCCGUAAAGGAGAAUAAAAAGGUAGAACAAUAAGAUUUAACCAUUAAAAAAUUUGAGAAGAUAAUGCAAGGAUCUGUAGCUGAACCAGAAGCAGAGGAUGAGGAAGCAACGCUCCAGCUCCAGUUCCUCUUCAAUGGCAAUUACUAAGCUCACUGCUUUUCUCACUAUCAGCUUCUUCUUUGUUUUGACUCUGCUUUCUACAUUAUCUCAAGCUAAGUCUUCCUCUCCACCACUAGUCACUGAGAUUAAGCAGCAAAAUCAGAACCAAGACAACCAACCAUUCGUGGGUGUGAACAUUGGAGUCGACGUUUCGAAUCUUCUUUCACCUUCCGACCUCGUUUCGUUCCUCCAAUUCCAGAAGAUCGACCACAUCCGUCUCUACGAUGCCGACCCUGACAUUCUCAAAGCCCUGGCUAAAACCAAGAUCCGGGUCAUCAUCAGCGUGCCAAACAACCAGCUCCUUGCCAUUGGCUCUUCCAAUACCACCGCCGCAGCCUGGAUCGGACGAAACGUCGUUGCUUACUACCCGGAAACGCUCAUCACUGGUAUAGCAGUUGGGGACGAGGUGUUAACCACAGUACCCUCUUCGGCUCCUCUGCUUCUGCCUGCAAUUCAAUCCCUUUACAAUGCUCUGGUCGCUGCAAACCUCCAUACCAAAAUCAUGGUUUCGACCCCUCACGCCGCUUCUAUAAUCCUCGACCCUUUUCCACCUUCUCAGUCUUUUUUCAACCAGAGCCUUACCCAAGUUGUCCUUCCUCUGCUUCAAUUCUUGUCCAAAACUGGGUCUCCCCUGAUGAUGAACUUUUACCCUUACUAUGUGUUUAUGCAGAACAAAGGGGUUGUGCCCCUUGACAAUGCACUUUUCAGGCCCUUGACACCUUCUAAAGAAAUGGUCGACCCCAAUACUCUGCUCCACUACACCAAUGUUCUCGAUGCCAUGAUUGAUGCUGCCUAUUUCUCCAUGAAGAACCUCAAUAUCACAGAUGUUGUGGUUCUUGUCACCGAAAGUGGGUGGCCUUCCAAAGGGGAUUCCAAAGAACCUUAUGCCACUGUUGAUAAUGCCGACACGUACAAUUCGAAUCUGAUUAAGCAUGUUUUUGACCGAAGUGGAACCCCUUUGCAUCCGGAGACCACUUCGAGUGUUUAUAUAUACGAAUUGUUCAAUGAGGAUUUGAGGUCGCCUCCUGUAUCCGAGGCAAAUUGGGGUCUGUUUUAUGGGAAUACAACGCCUGUUUAUCUGCUUCAUGUGUCGGGAAGUGGGUCUUUUUUGGCUAAUGAUACCACCAACCAGACGUAUUGCAUUGCCAUGGAUGGAGUUGAUCCGAAGACUUUGCAAGCAGCGUUAGAUUGGGCAUGUGGACCAGGACGAGCUAAUUGCUCAGAGAUUCAACCAGGGGAGGAUUGUUAUUCUCCUAACAAUGUUAAAAGCCAUGCUUCUUAUGCUUUUGAUAGCUAUUACCAGAAGGAAGGUAAAGCUGCUGGGUCUUGUGACUUCAAGGGUGUGGCUAUAAUCACAACCACUGACCCAAGUCAUGGGAGCUGUAUAUUUCCAGGAAGUAAAAAGGUGACCAAUAAGACGAGGCAGGUAGUGAACUCAACCCAAGUAAGUGGUGCAGCAGAGAGAUUAAAAUUUAUUGGUUUAAGCAGGAAUGGAAUAAGUGGAGUGAGCAAGGAACUGGUCAUAUUUUUUCUUUUAGUUUUGUCUAGUCUCUUAUUCUUUCCUUUUAUGACCCCUCCAUGCUAGGGUAGAAAAUAAUACAAUUUUUUUUUUUCUUUUUUGGAGUAUUCAAAAUGAUUUUGAUUUUGAGUAUUGAAUGAUAUGAUCAAGUGCUUGGCAUAAUGGGGUCUCUAUGGAUGUAUUUUUUAUAUGGGCUAAUGAUUUUUGUAAUUAAAAUGAUUUUGUUAAAAAGUGUCUGUUUUUAA